AUGACAUUAAUUGAAAUUCUAGGCCACUACCAUAUAUGGGUGGCUCGUGGAGAGAGUGAGGAUUGGGAUUAUUCUAACAGUUUUGUGGUUGUGUGUGCCGUGCUUUUGGAAAAUAUUGCAAGCAACGAAAGGGAAGGCAAGUGUCACCUUACUUUCCAUGCCGCGACAUCAAUGCAUAAGAAUUAUAUGCUAGUUGCCCUGCGAGGGAAGGCCGUGAAGGCGAAGGUUAGCUUCCGGUUUAAGGAAGUGCAAAGACUUCCUGAUACUACUGUCAGAAACUACUGUUGCUGCGUGCUCCAGGCACUGGGUCAGUAA